AUGUCAACCAUCAGGCAAGAGUCUUUUAAUAGGCCUCAAAGCCCAGCAUUAAUGAGUCAGGGCUCUGAUACUAGCAUAUCUGUAAUCCAACAACCAAGAGCAAGCAAUAUAAAAGUUAUAGGGAGAUUUCGACCAAUCGUUGAUUACGAAAUGGUAACGAUUAUAUAGGCAUAUUCCGAUUCCCUAGAAGUAAUCACUUUUAUAAACGAAAAAACGGUAGGCAUUGGUCAAGGAAAAGACCUCGAAUCAUUUACAUUAGACCGGAUCUUCGAUCCAAACUCAACCCAACAAGAAGUCUAUGAAUUAGCUGGGAAACCAACUAUUGAAGAUGUCAUGACAGGCUAUAAUGGCACAAUUUUCGCUUAUGGGCAAACAGGAUCAGGCAAAACCUAUACAAUGAUGGGAUAUGAUAUAUAUUCUGAAGAGUCUAGAGGGAUUAUUCCGAGAGCAGCCUCACAAAUUUUUGAAGCUGUCCAAAUGGAUAGUGGCGAAAUUGAAUAUACUUUGAAAUGCUCAAUGCUUGAAAUUUAUAAAGAAACUAUAAGAGAUUUAUUAGAUGCGGAGACAAAAUCACUGAGAAUAAAACAGUGUCCGAGAAGAGGAAUUUAUGUGCAGGGGCUUACUGAGGUUUGUGUAACCUCAGAAAAUGAUAUGCUAGAAGCCUUAACGCUAGGAGAGGAAAUGAGGACAGUUGCGUCUACAAAAUUAAAUAAGACGUCUUCCAGAUCUCAUUUGAUUUUUAUUCUUCAGGUUAUGCAGAAAUUGCCAAAUGACUCACUCCAUUUUAUGAGCAAAAAAUCAUAAAAACCUUUUUUGGGGAAAAGAGCCGUGAGUGAAUGAGCAAAAAAUUUUUUAACAUAAAAAAUAUAUUGAAAUAUAAAUGAUACUCAUUAAAAUAAAAUCUUCAUUAAUUCACAUUGAAUUUUAAAUAGCUACAUAAAUUUUCUAAAAUUAAAUAAUUAUCCUUUCCAAUUUUUUCGAAAUUAGGUUUUAAAAAAUUUAUUCCGUAAUAGAUCGCAAUAGACACAAGCGAUAUAUCAACCAGAAAAAAUAUGGACACUUGCUUUGUACAGUCAAGUCUAUUUUUGCAUCUUGAAAUCAUAAAUGGAGAUUUUUCAUUUUUGUUUGGAUUUUCAAAAAAAUUUGACAAGUACAAUUCACUUUUUUAUUUUAGAAAAAAUAGAGCCAAAAAGGGUGAGGAGCGAAAUGUCUGCCUUGAAAACCGAUCGAGGAUUGUGUAGUAGUAGCAUGGAGCUUUUUGAAAAAAAAUGGAUUCCGAUGAAGAUAGUUUGUUUUGGGAUAAAGAGUUUUGGCAGGAGGUUGAUGGCUUCCUUGAUGCUUCUUUGGAAGAUAGAUAUGAGAUAAUGAUAAGAACUUGACAGAGGUUCUUUGAGGUUUGAAUACGAAGAUUAGUGAUAAUAAAACUAAUAGAUGGGGGAGAAGUACUUUCAGAUUCUAGAGAGAGUGAAUAUGGAGCCAAUUGAAUUUUUAGCCGUAAACUAAAGCCAAAGGGCCAACGAGGGGAGAAGGCAGGAACUGGAGCAGGAUCAGAGUCAGAGUCAGAAAGGGGAGCAGGGAAUGGAACAGAAGAAGCAGGAACUGAAGCAGAAUUUGAAGAAUUGAAGCGCAAAUUCAAGCAGAAAUUAAAUUAAAGCAGAAGUUAAAGCAGAAAUUGAAGUAGGAAGGAAGCAGGUUUUGAAACAGAAGUAGAAGUUAAACCAGAACGUGGAGCAGAAAUUGAAACGGAAGCUGAAGAAGAAUUUGAGGCAGAAAUCGAAGCAUAAACUGAAAGCAGAAAUGGAAAUAGAAGCUAAGGCAAAAAGACCUAACGUGAAAAUAAUUCUCACAGAGGUAUUGAAGCCAAAGCGAAAGAGUGUGAAACACAAUGAGAGGAAAAAAGGGGGCAGAUUGGUGCAAGCUAGCAUAACUAGGUGGUUAAGAAGUCCAUAAGGACUUAUGGAGAGUUGAGAAGCGUUCUGAAUAAAAUCGAUUAUUUGACAAUUACAAUUUAUAUUAAAAAUAAAAUGGAUAGUUAAUAAUGAUAAUAAAAAUUUAAGCUUUAUAUUUAAAACGGAAAAAUCAACGAGCAAAAAAUCUGCUCACUCAUGAGAGGAGUCAGAAAAAAAAGGAACUUUGAAUUUGGUCGAUUUGGCGGGUAGCGAAAAAGUCAAUAACUCAGGGGUGACUGGAAAUAAGCUAGAAGAAGCCAAAAAAAUAAAUUUGUCACUUUCAGCACUAGGUAACGUGAUUCACGCUCUGGUGCAGAAUUCUGACCAUAUUCCAUAUAGGGACUCAAAAUUAACAAGACUAUUACAAGAGUCGUUAGGAGGAAACUAUAAAACGACACUUAUUGUUGCUUGCUCUCCAUCGCCAAAAAACCAAGAAGAAACUUUGAACACAAUGGGAUUCGCAAUAAGAGCUAAAGCAAUAAAAAACAAGGUCAAAGUGAAUAUAAAGAACUCACCUGACAAUUACUUGAAAUUAAUUGAACAGCUCAAAAAUGAACUAAAUUCAGCAAAAAUAGAAAUCCAGUUUUUACGAGGAGAAAAAGAAACUUCAUGCACUGACUGCAAGUCGCAGAAAAGCAGUAGAGUCCAAUCUCCUCAAGGAACCAGAAAAUCUCUCACAAUUAUCUCAAAGCCAAAAAUCAGCAGAAAAUCUUCAGAAGAAGCCAAGCUUUUAGUAAAUUUAGAAGACUUAAGGGCAGUUUCUGAAGACAAUUUUCCAAUUUUAGACAAGAAAAACACUCACUAUUCAAUUUUCGAGACUGACUCCUUAGCCUCUUCCUUCAAUUUUAUCCCAGAGCGUUUAACAGAUUUCGAUGGUGAGCAGAAAGAAAAUUUCCAACAAGUCCGAGAAACCCUUGAAAGAGAUUUGGAAAAAUUCAAAAAAAAAUACCAUCAUUUCAAAAACGAAUACAAAAUUCUUGCUGAAAAAAACCAAGAACUCGAAAAUAAAUUAGCGUCUUCUCGAACAAAGCAGCUGCAAUCUGAACAAAGAGCUAACGAGUAUUAUGAAAAUUACCACAAAACCUUGAUGAUGAUAAAUAAAGAUUCUACAGAAAACGCAGUAUUAAAAAGAGAAAACGAAGGACUUUCAGUGCAAACUAAAAGGCUUAUUUCUUCUUUGCAGGAUCUUGAUAAAAGAUUUAAAGAAUUUGUUGAUAAUGUUUCAAAUCCAAAAGAAACGACUUGUUUGGAGUUUGACGAUAGAUCUGAAAUGGUUUCUAGGCUUGAUGUACCUGUUAUUACAGAACAUGAUGAAGUAGAAGGCGAUAAAAGUGAAACUUAUGACCUAGGGAUUUCAAAAAUCAGCAUUCCUAUUGAUCCAAAUGGACUAUAUCAGGCAAGCCCUUAUGCGAAAGGCUUAAAGCAGGUUCUUGAAAAUAAUUCUGAGCUCAACAAGGAUAUCACGAUUUUUCAACUGAGAAAUCAAGUUAUUCAUUCAGCUAUAAUUAAUGCAAAUAUGUCAAGAACUCUGUAUAGCUUGGACUGGAAGAUGAAUUUAGCCAAUCAUAAAUAUAUGAUAAAAAGAUUUAUGUGUAAAAAGCAGCAUGAACAAAUCAAAACACUAGAGUCAAUGAUUGAAUUUCUUCAAAAUUCUUAUAAAAAGGUGGUAAAACUAUAUGAAAACAAAGAGCCAGAAAUAGUGCUAAAACCACCUACUGCUUUAGAAGCUACAAGCCCAAAGUCAAAGUUUCUCAAGACUUUUACAAACAAACCUGCAGUCCCAGUGCAAGCUCAGCCACAAGGGCAUAGACAAAGAUCCAAUUCCAGAUCAUGCACAGUAAAGCAUGAUUUCACACAAAAAAGGCUCGAUUUUACUUCUUUAGCUUCUGCGUAUAACGAAAACGAAAGCCACGAAAGCUACGAAAGCCAAAGCUUUUUCAUUCGUUAUAAGAACCUUGAAACAAGAUUUCAAAUGCAAGAAAUGCAUAAUUUUCAGCUUAAAAACAGCAAUGAGCAAUACAAAUUAGUAGCCGAACACAACCAAGCAAUGCUAGCAAAGCUUGAACAAGAUGUUUUUAGCUCAAUGAGGGAAGAAAGAGAAAAAUGAAAAUCAUAUUUAACCGAGAUGAAAGAAAACUUUGAAAAAGAGCUGGAAAGAAAACAAGGAGAAGUGGUUAAGCUGAACCAGCUGCUUGGAGAAUGGAUAAAUGUAUAUAUGGAAAUGCAAAACAAAUAUAAUACUCCCAAUAAGCCACUUAGCUAUGAUUUGUAUAAUCAAAUUAAGGAAAAUAUAAAAAACACUAUAAAGGUGCAAAGCAAAGAGAGUUAUAAUAAUUUGAUAAAAGUUAAGAUGCCACAAUCCCCAGUGAGGCAGAGCUUUACUGGAUCAGAAGGAUCGCCUGUAAAAUUUGUUUCAAAAGGAGAUAUCGCUCCAAUAUAA